CUUUCAACUUGACCCUUCGACAUUUUUUCCGAUAAGCACGGAUGUAAAAUUGAAUUCAGACUGACACAAAUGUAAGACAUUCAAUGGAAUACUACCACGAUUUUAUGAUCCAUUCUGUCCUUAUUGAGAGUGGACCUUAAUUGCAGUUUGUAUGAUUGUUUUUUCGUGAUUAUGGAACAUAAACACAAUCGCUUCCUAUCUUGUCUGCACGUGUAACGGUAUUUCCUCCUCUCCUGAUGGACAGUUCUGGGACUUUAAUAUAACGACGUGAGUGUCAACAUCUUGACUCCAUAUGUAUGUAUCAUCAAACCAUUGAAAUGAUGAGGUUUCUCACCCCACCGCUUUUGAACGAGCUGCGGCGGCGUCUCCCGCUGGUAUCAACUGUCGCAAAUAAACACGGAGGGAGUAAACAGUUACCGAUCACCUGCCUUCUCCCACCCCGCCACUCUGCACCCCCAAACCGGCCUCUCUAUACUGGGGCUGCACUAAGAAAAGAUGUACCCCUCCCUCAGUCUAAAGCAGAUCAGACUGAAGAGAAACUGGACCUGGACAUAUGGAAGUCUGUGAUGAGGUUUCAGGUCCCAGCGGCGGAGGAGGAGGAGAAACUGGGAGGUGAGGAGGGAGGUGCUGCUCCUUCAGGACCAGGAGGAGGUGUAGCAGGGCAGGAGGAGGUGUCACCACUGGAGGCCACCAGAGAACUGGUAGUGAUGUGGCGUCAGGCUGGGAAGCUGGUGCCAGAGACCAUGACUGAUGAGGAGCUGGGGAUCCUGGCGGAACUCCAAACUAAAUCCUCCAAGAAGAAGUACCUGAAAUACCUGGCCAUCAAGGAGGGCCACAAGAAAAGCCACAAGCAGAAGCAGGAGAAGAGGAAGGUAGAGAGGAGUGAGAGGUUUCUGGAGGAUGAUAGGAUCAGGCCUGAUGGUCUGAGAGGAGAGGAGGGGGAACUGAGGAACACCUUCCUGCUCCAGUUCUGGGGUCGUUCCCUGGACAAGCUGCUGGGGUGGAGGUCGGCCCAGGCCAUGGUGUUCGGCCAGCCACUGGUGUUUGAUAUGUCCUACGAACAGCAGAUGACGCGUCGGGAGGUGGAGAACACUGUGUCCCAGCUGAUGGAGGUGGAGGGGUGGAACCGCCGAGCCUCGGAACCCUUCCACCUGCACUUCUGUAACUUGCAGCCGGAUGGCGGUUACCGCAAGGAGCUGGUUAAACGGUACGGCGCCGAGGCCUGGCAGCGCCUCCUCAUCACCUCCACAGAGCAACGCCAUGUGGACCUGUUUCCCCGGGACGACCUGGUCUACCUGACGGCUGACUCCCCCAACGUCCUCCGUACCUUCGACAACUCUAAGGUCUACAUCGUAGGCUCCAUGGUGGACCGCUCCAUCCAAUCAGGGCUCUCCCUGGCCAACGCCAAGCGUCUCAAGCUGAAUACGGCCCGUCUGCCGCUGGAUGACUUCCUCCAAUGGGAGACGGGGGCCAAGAACCUGACUCUGGAUCAGAUGAUACGUAUCUUGCUGACACUGAAGGAGACGGGGAGGUGGGAGGAGGCGCUGGAGUACGUACCCAAGAGGAAACAUGAUGGAUUCUACCAGGAGAAACCCCAGCAGGACAGAGACAGAGGCUCAGAUAAGGACAGGAGGUUUUUUAGUGGCAGAACCAGAGGAGACACAGGAUUCAGGGCUGGGGACAGAGACUGUGAUAGAACAUUCAGAAGUGGGGACAGAGAGAGGGCAUUUAGUAGAAGAGACAGUGUAUUGAAGAGUGGGGACAGUGACAGAGCAAUUAGGAAUGGGGACAGAGACCAAGCAAUCAGGACUGGAGACAGUGACAGAGCAAUCAGGACUGGGGACAGAGAAGGAGACAGUGACAGAGCAAUCAGGACCGGAGACAGAGAAGGAGACAUUGACAGAGCAAUCAGGACCGGAGACAGAGAUGGUAUGGAGGAGUGGAGACAGAAACAGAUGAAUGGUGUGAUCAGAGAGAGAGGAUCCACUAGCAGACAUAAGGACAGUGUAUUCAGUAGCAGAGACAGGGUAGCAGUCAGUAAGGAAGCAGGACCUACAGAGAUCAGGCAGACCACCACCAGGCUACGGACAUCACUAAAAACCAAGAUGGAGGAUCGGAACAGUACAGCCAAGAGCGGGAAGAAAAUGCUAGAGGAAGAGUAGCCUUAUUUGGUCCAAAUAUACUGAGACAUUUCUGGUCUGAAUGUGCAUCAGUUUCACCGUGUUGUGUUAAUGGAUGCAGAGAUGAACUGAUGAAAAGCACUUCUAAAUUACAUUAAACAGAAACAUUUUGAUAAGCAACUCGGUGAGACUGUUGAUUGUUUGGAAUCGUUGGUGUAUUUGAUACUUCGUGUAAAUGUACACUGAAAAAUAUAUAUAUAUAUAAACGCAACAUGUGGAGUGUUUGUCCCGUGUUUUAUGAGCUGAAAUAAAAGAUAUAGAAGAA